AAUUUCCUCAUACAUAUUUAGUGCUACAUAAGCAUGGCUUCCAAAGUUCAACUCGUGUUUCUUUUCAUGUUUCUCUGUGUGAUGUGGGCUUCGCCAUCGGCAGCUUCUCGUGACGAACCCAGUGAUCCCAUGAUGAAGCGGUUUGAAGAAUGGAUGGCGGAGUAUGGCCGAGUUUACAAGGACAACGACGAGAAGAUGCGCCGGUUUCAGAUAUUCAAGAACAACGUGAAGCAUAUCGAAACCUUUAACAGUCGCAACGGAAAUUCGUACACUCUCGGUAUCAAUCAGUUUACCGAUAUGACAAAAAGCGAAUUUGUUGCUCAAUAUACCGGCGUAUCUCUCCCACUAAAUAUCGAGAGAGAGCCAGUGGUGUCAUUUGAUGACGUAAACAUCUCCGCGGUGCCUCAAAGUAUUGAUUGGAGAGACUAUGGUGCCGUAAACGAGGUCAAGAAUCAAAACCCCUGUGGUUCUUGCUGGUCAUUCGUGCAAUUGCGACGGUGAGGGAAUCUA